UACAAGUACUGAGAAUCUAAUAUUGAUCGGUCCUGUGUGAAAUAAACGACCUCGAAGUAAUUGUUGGGAGGGUGCGAAAAUGGCGUCGAACUCUGCUAGGACCACGUGCAUUGGCUGGGAAGAUUUCCUUGCUCUUCAUCGACCACAGCUACUAUCAAUCGGUUUACCGGAACACUUAUGGGAAAGACUUUACAAAAAGUUAGCGCCUAUUCCAAGCUACGACGCCUCAGAGGCUUUUGAGCUGCACAAAGACGAACAAUUCGUCUCUUUGGGUCAUUGGUCUCUACACGCCAGACGGGCUUUGGAAAAAUUUGGCGACGUGUUUCUCAUCGAGCACGCUUGGUCUAGCGAUGGUGGUGCGACUGCGAACAAAUCUUUGGAAAAAUCACCGGAGCUUUUGACAAGGGUGAAGGAAAUGCUUUGGCACAAAGAAAACAACCCCGACGACGAGGCAACCGGGGAAGCUCUGUUAGACAGCUCCCUGGUUCUGUCGCAAAUCGGUGGAAUUAAUGAAGAAAAAGCCAAGGAAGCCCUUGAGGCAACCGACGGUGAUCUAAUUGAAGCUUUGUGUCAAAUCACGGACGAUUCUCAUGAAACUAAAAAGUCGUCGAAAUCCAACAGGUCAAAAAUUAUGACCUUCGAGGAAUUCAAAACUGGCUUUCUUCACGGCGUUGGAAUGGAGAAAGCAAAGCUACUUUCGGAGGAAUAAAUUGAAAAGAUGUAUUCCCGAUACAAAAGGGAGAAGGAGGAGUACCCCGAGUCUAUGGGCUUUGGCUAUGGCACAACCUCUUCGUACAGUUGGUCGGAAGAAGAGGAGGGCGCGAUGACCGUCCUUGUGUCUAUUCCAGUAACGGCAAAAAAGCGGGAUGUUGUGAACAAGUUGGCUACGAAGCGAUGGACUCUUGGCCUAAAAGGAUAUGCCCCUAUCAUCGAUGGCGAGUUUUACGGCAAUGUAUGCCCGGAUGAGUCAUUUUGGACAUUUGAUUCACCUGGAGUUUUGGUCAUGACGCUUCAGAAACCCGAGAACGAAGAAUCGGAGUUGUGGCCAGUAAGUUUGUUAGAUUUGAUCUUGAAUUGCUUUGAGACAGUUUUCCACAGGAAGAGGCGUGUCUGUCUCCAGUAUUCAGUCACAGUGAAAUCUCUGAAACCCUUGCAACUGUUGAUACACAACACCCCUCAUGUUAAGGUGGCUGAGAAAGAGCAUGACCCAAAUGUCUUUUUGGACGAGUAUGAAUCUUCAGGACUUUUGUGUGGUGGCACAAAAAAGAAUGGGACAGUAAACCACAAAGUGACUCAUGAGGAGUUCUUAAAACACUUAAGCUCUAACUACUUGACAAAGAAGCAGAUCACAUGGGAUGCAAUCCAGUCCAAGAUUCAAGAAAGCAUAGCAAAGCUCUUUUAUGCUGUGGCACCAAGUCUUUCAGCCUUUCAAGGACGAAGCGGAAGAAAACUCUGUGCUGUGUAUGGCGUAGAUGUACUGCUGAAAGACACCUUUGAGCCUCUGAUCAUUGGCAUCAACCCUACACCAAAGUUUGACAGCCAAAAAUGUUUUGCUGAUGUUUUGAUCACAGCAUUUGGACAGAAUGGGGAGUGUUUAGAGAGUGCAAACAUCAGCCAGAUUUCCGUGAAAGAAGGCUGAAGUUUUUUCCCUGAGAUGCAGUUUUUCAAAGUUUUUAAGGUAUCCAUCCAAUUAUGCUCUUGAUUAGUGUGUACAUGUCUGUAAAUAAUAUCAAGUGAUCAAGAAUUUUGUACAUAGUAUCUUAGAUGUUCUGUGCAAGCAAGGAUUUUUUUGGAUUUACAUUUAGGAAAAGUAUUUUGCUGUAUCAUAGACUUCUUAUGGAUGAUGUGAUUUAGAUAUGAUCUGUCUUAGGAGACUUAAAAAAGUAAUGUCAGGAUCACACGGCAAGGAAACUGAAGGAAACAUCCUGAUUUGAGGGUGAUUUUUGGUGAAAAAAGUUAGAAGAAAAAUGUUCAUUUAUACAAUUACUUACAAUGAUGGUAAAUAGCUUUUGCAUGGUUAACUCUUCAUCUUCCUAUAUGGUAAUUAACCCUUGACACCCUAACAUCAGUAUGCAUAUUCUCCAUACUGUUCUCUUUA